AUGGCUACUCAAGAUGAUGCCCAUCUCGCUGAGCUGAAAAAGAAGAGAACUUUCCGCAAGUUCACCUACAGAGGAGUCGACCUCGACCAGCUCCUGGACAUGUCCCGGUAAGUAUUUAUGAACAAUUUUUGAUUUAUCAAAGCUUCAUGUUUGUUACCAAUUUUUCUAAAACUGAUUUUUUUUCAGCGAGCAGUUCUCGAAGCUCCUCCCGUCCCGCAUGCGCAGACGUCUCGACCGUGGACUCAAGAGAAAGCACUUGGCGCUUAUCGCCAAGGUCCAGAAGGCCAAGAAGGCCGCUGGAGUUCUCGAGAAGCCAGCCGUCGUCAAGACUCACCUUCGUGACAUGAUCAUCCUUCCGGAACUUGUCGGUGGAGUCAUCGGAAUCUACAACGGAAAGGUGUUCAACCAGGUAAUCACUUUCGUUUUUUUUUUUGAUUCGCGGUGUCUUAUAUAAAUGCGUUUCAGACUGAGAUCAAGCCAGAGAUGAUCGGAUUCUACCUCGGAGAGUUCGCUAUCUCCUACAAGCCAGUCAAGCACGGAAGACCAGGAAUUGGAGCUACCCACUCUUCCCGAUUCAUCCCACUCAAGUAA